AUGCCGGCCCUUAAUCAAGUGUUGGCGGAAGCCGUCCACAUUGUUGCGAGAGUAGUUGAACAUCUCAGCUACACCAUCAGGGGAUUUAACGGAGACAACGGAAAUGGGGGAGGUAGCGGCGGCGGCGGCGGCGGAACCUCGCCUCUCCUUUUCUUCGUUGCACUUGGAUUUGGUGUUGUUUUUACCAAUCUUUGGAUCAUCGUGGGCGUCAAGUAUUGCUUCCGCUACAAUGCCCGAAACCGCCAGAUGCGACUCAACGAAGACGGCGAGCCCGUUGCUCUCGAAAACAUGCCACGUCCCCAUCGGAGACGCCGCGAAAAGAAGCUUAUGACCAUGGACGAGGUCAACGAAAAGUUCCCGAUGAUGAAAUACAAGAGCUGGGUCGCUUCUAGAGUUAGAGAGGGCCUACCCGCGACCGGCGGCGUAACUGCACCUUCAAGCAGGGCGAAUAGCGUUCGAUCCGUGGAAGGUGUUAUCCAAUCCAAAGAACGAGAGUCUGUCGAUGACCAGGUCGCGCAUACCGCCUCCAAUGUGAAAGACACGAAUGACACGAAUGAGACGACCGAACUAAGUCAACAAGAACCCGCCAAAGAUUCGCCGGAGAAGGACGAAUCUUCCCUCCAUCGGUCCCCGCCCCAGUUGGACAGCCUUCUGAGCCGAGGCCGAGCCAGGCCGAGAAUGCGAUCCCUCUCACGCGAGCCUCUAGUCACGACGACGAUGACGACGAUGAGCAUAUCAACGCGGCCCUUCCCCCGAGUGCUAUGGAACCAACGGAGAUACAUGUGCCAUCUGUAUUGA